CUGCAUUUCAGUGUAGUAAUGGUCCAUCUAUCGAUGACGAGAAAGUUUGCGACUUCAAACAAGAUUGUUCAGAUGGCUCAGACGAGACAACAUGUCCGACUUCAUGCAACUUCGACUCAACAGAUCUGUGCUACUGGACCCAAGACGAGGGUGACGACAUCGACUGGACUUGGUAUGAUGUAGACACGAUAUACCAUGAGUACAAAGGACCGGUUACAGAUCACACCACAGAAACUUCAUCAGGCCACUACAUGUUUGUCGACGGUACAACAUCAAGCACUAAGCAAACGGCCAGGCUUAUAAGCCCUGUUUUCAAGAUGGCGCCCAGGGGCUGUACGUUCUACAUGUGGUUCUACAUGUUUGGCCCUGAAUACGGCGACCUGAAAGUGAAGCUUCUGGACGAGAGUGGCGAGAGUCACGUGACCAAAGCUCUGGAUAAUGCGUUGCAGUACAACAAAUGGUACGAAUGGGAGUCCCAGAUACCAACAUGCACCGAAAACUUUCAAGUUGUGGUGGAGUCCCAAGACACGCUUCAGGUUCCUACGGAGAGUGGUUUUGCUCUGGACGAUGUAUCGUUUGUAGACUGUGAGUUCCCGGAUCAGGUGGCCGUCGGUCAGUGUCCUCAAGGUACCAGGCAGUGCAACACUGGGGAGUGCUACCCGAUAAAUCAACACUGCGAUAUGGAGCUAAAUUGCUGCGAUGGAACUGAUGAAGCGAACUGCGAUAUACAGGGCUAUUCGUCGUGUGACUUUGAGAAUGGAAUAUGUGACUGGCAGCAGCUUCUCAAUGAUGACUUCGAUUGGACAUGGCAACAGGGUGGUACGCCAGACAACUGGCGGCGAACAGGUCCACAGUACGACCAUACAACGGGCACCGUUGAAGGAUGGUACGUGUAUACCGAGUCUAGCGACAGGAGGAGAAAUGGAGAUAGAGCCGUCAUGGUCAGCUUCCCGAUCGUUGGCGUGACAUCUGGAAAAGAGUGUGCUGUACGAUUCUUCUACCACAUGGAGGGCCAGGGGAUCGGGACUUUGAAUGUUUACACCAGGACUGCCAUCAAUGGACCGUUAAAUCUCCUUUGGUCCCAAGAUAGGCAGACCGGUGAGCAGUGGAACUACCAGAACUUGGAGUUGAAUGAAGAAAAUGACUUCCAGGUUGUGUUUGAAGGCGUAAUCGGCUACACUGCUGAGAGUGACAUAGGACUGGAUGACAUUAGCUUCACACCUGAUUGCAAAAGAGGGAAUAGUCUACCCGAGGUUUCCACUCCAGAUGGAGUAUUUUGUAUUCCCGAAGAGCUGCCAUGCAAUGGGAAUACUUGCAUUGAUCGAGCCAAGUAUUGCGACUUUAAACAGGACUGUGGAGAGGAGAACGAGGAUGAAAGAGAUUGCCCUGACAGCUGUGACUUCGAAAGGGACCUCUGCUCUUGGACACAAGAUGAUACGGAUGAGAUGGACUGGUCAAUGUUUACAGCAAGAACGGUCCCCUCGGGAUACAAAGGACCUGCAACUGAUCACACCACAGGAUCGGCACAGGGUCGGUAUAUUUAUGUGGAUGGAUCUACUUCGCGGACGGGUCAAAAAGCGAGGCUGAUCAGUCCCGAAUACAAACUGGCGCCACGAGGUUGUACCUUCAACAUGUGGUUUUACAUGUUCGGUCCCGAGUACGGCGACCUGGAAGUAAAACUGCGUGAUGACCGAGGUCAGAGUCACGUGACUAAAGUUCAAGACAACGCAUUGCAGUACAACAGAUGGUACAACUGGAAUUCCCAAAUUCUCCCAUGUACACAAAAUUUUCAAAUAGUUAUAGAAUCGGAAGAUAAGCUCCAGGGCCCGAUUGAGAGUGGUUUUGCCGUGGAUGAUCUGUCCUUCACAGACUGUGCGUUCCCCGAGACGGUGGACAUUGGCACCUGUCCUUCGGAUACGAUGCAGUGCGGCACAUGGGAGUGCUACCCAGCCGUUAAUCACUGCGAUAUGGAGUUGGAUUGCUGCGACGGGACGGAUGAAACAGAUUGUGAGAGCCAAGGCUAUAUCCAGUGUGAUUUCGAACAGGGCUUAUGUGACAACCAAUGGGAGCAGCUAACUACCGAUGAGUUUGAUUGGACAUGGCAGCAAGGCGGUACCCCGGAUAACUGGAGAAGAACCGGUCCACAGUAUGACCAUACCAAAGGCGAUGAAUAUGGUUGGUAUUACUAUACAGAGUCUAGUGAUAGAAGGAAAAAUGGAGAAAGGGCAAGGCUAGCCAGCUUUCCUAUCGCGGCUGAUACCUCGGGAGACUGCAGGAUUCGAUUUUUCUACCACAUGGAAGGGCAAGGAAUUGGUACGCUGAACGUCUAUACAAGAACCGCCAUCAAUGGUCCGCUGUCGAAGAUAUGGAGCCAGGAUAGACAGAUGGGAGAACAAUGGAAUUACGAUAACCUAGAACUGCGACUUACAAACGACUUCCAAGUAAUAUUUGAAGGGGUUGUGGGUUAUACUGCUGAGAGUGAUAUAGGAUUGGAUGAUAUCAGUUUUGCCAAAGAAUGCCGCCGUGCUGCUAGUGGUCUGCCGAUUGUAGCGACUGAAAAGUUGACGACACCAAAACCUGACCGGCCCACUAUACCAUCGUGUCUCGGGGGAAGGUUUACAUGCUUAGCAGACGGAUCGUGCAUUGAUGAAAGCAUGUUGUGCGAUGGCAAGAGUGAUUGUCCCGACUCACAAGACGAGGCAUCGUGUCCGGCAGGUAAAGAUAAUAACCCUGUGGCUAUUGGUCUGGGAGUAACGUUCGGUUUUCUCUUCGUAGCUGUUCUUGCUGGUGGUGUAGCUUAUUACAUCAAGAUUUAUUCAAAGAAAACUCCAAAACUUGUCAACAAUGAAAUGGCUCCGGGAGUAUCAAAUCCUGCAUAUGGCAACAAUCCGGCCUCUUUCAGCAUGGAAAAGACAGACACACAAGCUUAAUGCAACAUAUUUGGGUACAAAAGCAAAUUAUAGCACAGAAAAAUCAACCAUAACUACAGGGGCGGAUCCAGGA